AUGAGUGAUGACGAAGGUGUCGAAUACUCGCCCAUCAGCUCUCCAACAUUCGCUUUCCCGCUGGAAUCGCCAGAAUCGGCACUUUCUGCGACAUAUACACCUGAAGCAUCACCGUCUUCCCUAUCCACCGCAGGCGACCCUGCGACCUUCAAACCGGCAUUUGUUCGUGGUACAUCCUUUCAGAAGGCGCUGGAGGUUGCUCGGAAUGCAGAAAGUGCGAAAUUCGAGUCGCAGAGGCCGGAAUCACUAUUCCUCGAGCGACAAGUGACCGGCGGGCGUACAUGGGCGGAGUCGUUUCUCCCAAAGGUGCAGGAGCAAGUGCAGGAGGCUCCGAAAGAGCAACCGGAGAAACACGAACCAGCAAAGGCGGAGAUAGAGACGCAGGUGCCCGCGGAGGUCGCAGAGAAACCGUUAUCGCUAGCAGAAGAACCGGAGACUAAAGCACCUAAGGAGGUUCAAGAGAAGCACGAGCCUACGAAGGUGGAGGAGCCAACCCAAGAGCCGGCCAAAUUUGAAGUGGAGGCACAUGAAGUGACAACGGUGCAGCCGCCGGUUAUUGAGGUCGCGAAAGCAGAAGCCCAGAUCCAGGAGCCUGCUAAAGUGAACGGACAUACGGAAGAUCCUACGACGCCCAAAGCCCAACCGCCUCUCGACGACGUCAAAGUCGAAGUCGAAGCACCCGAGACUACACCUGUUAUCAUCGUCUCUUCUGACGAUUCUACUCCCGUGGUUGUCCGCGAUCCACCUAUUGAGGAAGCGCCGCCACCAACAUCUCCCGUCGUAGAACUGGUCAAGCCAGAAAUUCAGGCAGAGAAGGUAGUCAGCCUGCCCUCAACCUCUCCAGAACCAAUCAUCACUGUGUCCGUCCAUUCUGAGCCACCCGUUGCAAAGCCGGCCCUUGUUGAAGCUCCACCGACUUCGACCGAGCCUGCCUUCGUGAACCCAGCGAUUGUCGAUGUUGUUCCGUUGAUCAUCCGCAAACGGUCUCCUACCAAUCCAGUGCCUGUGACGACCGAGGCAAAGGAGGAGCCUCUACUGACCGCAGAACCACUUCCGAAGAUUGAGGCGGUACCUGUGCCUUUGGUCGUUGUACGGCCUGCAUCUGUGGAACCCCAGCCUCUUGAAAGCAAAACACUGCCUGCAAUCGUUGAGCCACCGAAAGAUCAGCCAGUUGAGCGAAUUGCCACCGAAACUCAGUCUAGCGCAUCGCCUCCUGACAUUGUUGUUGCCAAAGAGGCUGCUGAAGGCAAAGCGUCUUCGGACAACAAGGCAGAUGCUGUUGGACGCAACAAGGCAGCCCUAACGCUGGAUGCUGAACGGCUGGCCGACGACUCGUUGAUGUCGCCACCUAUAGCCACAGGCAACAUGACGGCAAUGUCGUUGACUGAUGUCCUUAGCAAUUACUUUACAGGUGGGGGCGGUCCUAACGACUCUUUCCGCACCACAACACCCCUGCCUGUUCCUGGUGUUCGCAGUCCACUAUCGCCUGCAGCUACCCUCGCCUACGACGUUCUGGAAACCCCACCUCCUGCCAGACCAGCGGCGGUCAAAGUUCCUGAUCCUCGCUCGUUCCUUUCUCCUCCUUUUAGUGGUUUCCUAUCUGGGGUACCUUCCUCAGGCAAUUCAUCCUUUGGGUCGAUCGGUUCACGUCCAAUGAGCAUGAUUGAAACGAGUCCUGGCCAGGUUGCUCGAGCGCUCAGGAUGACACCUGCAACGAGUCGCGGCGUUCCAAUGUUCCUCCCUCCCAGCAGCUCGCAACCACGCAAGUCAGACUUCGUUUACUUCCCUCCCACACCACCUGAUGCCGAGGUGACGGAAUUUGGCUCUGUCAUCUUCGACUCGGAGCGUCGGCGUCGUGGAUCGGAGCCUGAUCUGGCCAACCUGAGUAUGAAACCCGCGUCGUUCAGUGCGGUAGUGCACGGUAAGGUGAGAGAGACACCUGCAUCUGCCACGAUGCCUUUGUCUGGUAUACGAAAGUUGCCUGCCACUCCGGCGAUGAAGAGGGUCAAGCGAGCGACUAUCUUGGAACCCCCAUUGAGUCCUGGGCAGGGUGAAUUAGUAGCAUUGAUCCAAGAGGCGGUUUUGUUGGAGGAUGCGCUGGAUAAGGGCGAGCUUCCUAGCGAGGUUCCGCGUAUCUUAGAGGAGGAUGAGCAGACUUUAAAGGCAGAGGAGGAAGCUGCAGUGCUAGCAGCGGCCAAGGUUCAGGAGGGUGCUGAACGUCAACGAAUAGCUGCUGCAGCCGCCCAACUGAGGGCGAAGCGAGAUCUGCCUACAGCCGGAAGGCUGAAGCACACAUUCCUCGUCCCUUUGUCCAAGGCAAGAUCGAUGCACCAUCGCAAGGAGACAUCGAGUUCGGCUGCGAAUACCCUCCGGCCUGAAGAACCCAUCAUUCGUCCCAAAUCUGCUGGAGUGGUUGAGCAAUCCGGAUCUCGUUCUGCCAGAGCUGAUUUUGCGACCACGCAAAAGAUGCCUGUUCCACCUCGACCUCGGACGCCAUCCGACAAUUCUGCUACGCCGGCUGCUGUCGCCCUUCCUCAGGCCCCUCCACCGCCGAAAUCUCCCAAGUCAACCAGGUUUGCCACAUUCCGGAGACUGGGCAGUAUCACAGCGCGACCGAACACUGUCCAUGGUGCCAUCAAUCGCACGAGCAACUCGACGUCAUCUGAGAUCUCGUCAGAGGACUCGGCCCUUGCUGUCACGCCUCCAGAAAACAAUCUGGAGUUCGGUUUGCGCGUGUCGCCAGUGAGCGAGUCGAGCCAUGGACAUUCUUCGCAUCAUGGACAUGCGCAGAAGAACUCGAUGUCGUUCCCGUCGCUGAGCCCGAAGAAGAGCUCGAGUAGUGUCAGCCGAGCUACGUCGUUUGCGGAGAAGAUGUGGUCGAGGGCGAGGACAAAAUCGAAUGGAAGUGUGUUGAGUUCGACGAGUACUGAUCGUACGCACGACGAAGGUGCUCCAAGGUUGCCUGCUUUUGGACCUCCUCCGGCUAUCCAGCUGCCACCUUCUCUGACUUCAAGUUCAGCUUCAACCUCUCAGGAGGAUGUCAGAGUAUUGCACCCCCCGAAGAGAUCAACAUCCCUGAAACAUCCUUCCGAUCUUCCUCCAAUUCCAGUUUCUCCUCCGCCUCCGCUGCCCACAGUAACGUCCACCUCCUACAACAAACAAGCUCCAAUUCAACCUUCCGAUCUCUCCAACGACUCCUUACUACUUUCUCCCUCGAAAGACAACACUCGCCCGUCCUCUUGGACGUCGGUUUCUUCGGCAGGCUCUUUGCCAUCGCCUCUCUUUGACAAGGCACUUUUCGAUGCCUUCCCGUCGGUGCCAGGCACAACGCCCACACCUAUGACUGCUUUCCGCCCACAUCAGCGCGAGACGAGUCUGGGCUCAGCAGCUAACGCUGCAUCUUCGUUUGAUUCUGCUCUCCUUUCCUCUGCUAUCCAUCUUGCAUCGUCGCAUAAAUCGACAGCCACGCCUCCAACUACAUAUCAGCCCUUCCCUUCUGCUACCCGAGUACCUGCGACGGCGACGUAUGCGCCGCGUAGAUCGGGUGAGACGGCUCGUUAA